AUGCGUUCUUUUUACACCCUAACUGCAUUGACCUGGGUGGGCUCAGCAAUUGCCCAGCUUCCCCAGCCCGGCUGGAAGUCAUCGGACCCAGUGACUGCAGUUCUCACUCUUACGCCGCAGACUGGCAAGGAUGACGCUUUGGCUGCCUACAUCCAACACGGUAAAAAUGUGACCACAACCGAGUGUCCUGCCAACAUUGCGUUCAUUUCAUUCAAAGUCACUGGCAAGGAUCAGUAUGUGGUGAUUGAAAGGUACACCAACCAAACCGCCAUGUUUCAGUGGGUAGCUGGGCCUCAACAUACUGAGUUGGUCAAAGAGUUCCUUCCACUAGCCAACAUCCUGGGUAGUGGUGUGGAAUCCGACAUGAAUCUGUUUUAG